AUCAAUCGUCACAAGUUGUUUUUCUAUUAAUUAUAAAUCAGUAACAUUCUAUGAACAGAAUAAUCGAACUCAAUUAUUCCCUGGAUUGAUCGAAACUAUGCCUCACUGUCUAAAACAGGGCUGGCAUUAAAUGUGCAUGCAGACUUUCAUGAUUUGUUAGUCCGGCGAUUCUGUUGAAGGAAUUAAAAAAACAAAAGACGCGUCAAAUGUGCAAGCUUGUAUUGAUGGUUAACUGAUUAGUCCAAGAAUCACUGCCGAACAAAUGUUAUUGUUGCAUUGCUAUGUUUUAAAAUAAAUAUAAAGAAUCCCUCCGGGAAUUUAGAAUGUUUUUGCACUUGUUAUUGCCUGAAUGGACUCACAUGGUUCAUACAGAUAUAUAACCAAGUGAACUGCCUUCCAAUUACUGGAGAAUCUUUGCUCUAAGAUCCUGGAAUGCAGAUUUCAUUGAAAAAUGGAACAGCUAACCCAAAUCUGGAACCAGGCACCACUCACACUCCAACAGUCAAACCCAGGAGAUUUUUGUCAGUUAAGCCAGCUUGAAGGAGGUGUUUAUAUACUGAGUUUUACUGGAGAAUUUCAACACAAAUUGACUCUUGAGGCUAUACGAUUGAUUGACAAACUGCUUGAUCAGUUUGUUCGAAUCGAUGUAACUGCAGAUGUGUGUGCUUGUGCUUUGAUUACUGCCAAUCAGGGGAAAUUCUUCUCCAGUGGUAUGGAUGUGAACUAUCUGAAAGAAUGCCAUAGACAAGAAGCAAUUGAGUAUUUGCUUCUAUUUCAAAGGCUUGUCAGCAAGUUACUCACUUUUUGUAUACCAACAAUAGCAAUUAUAAGUGGUCAUGCAGUGGAGGCAGUAUGUAAAUUGUCACUUGCACGUGAUUACAGGCUCAUGAGCACAUCUCAUGGUUACAUCUUCAUGAAUGAGGUUGAUUUGGGAAUGUCAUUGGCACCGGGAAAUAUGGCUGUCCUGCAUUCAAAAUUGCCCAUGUCAACUUUCCAAGAAGCAGUACUUACUGGGAAAAGAUAUAAUGGAAAAGCUGCAGCAGCAGGAAGGAUUGUUCAUGCUGCCUUUCCCCCCUCAAUCCUUCUACAAAAGGGGAUAAGGAAAGCCAUGGAAUACAAAGCUAGGAAUUGGAAGAGGAAGACGUAUCAAGCACUAAAUAUGGAAACGUACAAGGCCACAAUACAGGAGCUUGAAAAUGGAUGAGUUGGAUUUGCAAGGAUGUGAAUUUAUGCAGUAAAUUUAUCAGCAAAUCCUGUCAACUCAUAGAUUUAUGCAGCACUUUAUAAUUCAGGUUAACAUUUCCAUCACAAAUAAUACAGAUCAAUUGGUACAUGUGCAGCAUCUUAUUGUAGUUAGACAUUAUUCAUUUCAGCCACUUUUUGUACCGUGUGAGAAUGUU